GCAGCGCAGGAGGGCAGCGCAGGGCGGAGGGGCCGCGGAGCGGGGCCGGGGCAGAGCGGAGCGCGCAGCGAUGCCGGACCGCGACAAUGAGCCGUUUUCCAACCCCCUGGCCCCUGAUGGCCACGACGUGGAUGACUCGCACUCCUUCCACCAAUCCAAGCUGACCAAUGAAGACUUCAGGAAGCUUCUCAUGACCCCGCGGGCUGCGCCAACAUCUGCGCCACCGUCCAAAUCUCGCCACCAUGAGAUGCCCCGGGAGUACAACGAGGAUGAAGAUCCAGCUGCUCGCAGGAGGAAAAAGAAAAGCUACUACGCGAAGCUGCGGCAGCAGGAGAUCGAGCGUGAGAGGGAACUGGCUGAGAAGUACCGGGACCGAGCCAAGGAGAGGAGGGAUGGAGUGAACAAGGACUACGAGGAGACGGAGCUGAUCAGCACCACGGCCAACUACAGGGCCGUGGGGCCCACGGCCGAGGCGGAUAAAUCUGCUGCGGAGAAGAGGAGACAGCUGAUCCAGGAGUCCAAGUUCUUGGGUGGUGACAUGGAGCACACUCACUUGGUGAAGGGUCUGGACUUUGCGCUGUUGCAGAAGGUACGGGCUGAGAUCGCCAGCAAGGAGAAGGAGGAGGAAGAAAUGAUGGAGAAGCCCCAGAAAGAGACUAAGAAAGAUGAAGAUCCUGAGAACAAAAUUGAAUUUAAGACUCGGCUGGGCCGCAACAUCUACCGCAUUCUGUUCAAGAGCAAGACCUACGAGCGGAAUGAGCUGUUCCUGCCGGGAAGGAUGGCCUACGUGGUGGAUCUGGACGAUGAGUACGCCGACACCGACAUCCCGACCACGCUGAUCCGCAGCAAGGCCGACUGCCCCACCAUGGAGGCACAGACCACCCUGACCACCAACGACAUUGUCAUCAGCAAGCUCACGCAGAUCCUCUCCUACCUCAGGCAAGGCACCCGCAACAAGAAGCUCAAGAAGAAGGAUAAAGGGAAGCUGGAUGAGAAGAAGCCUCCUGAAGCUGAUAUGAACAUCUUUGAAGACAUUGGGGAUUAUGUGCCCUCCACUGCCAAGAUGCCACGGGACAAGGAACGGGAGAGGUACCGGGAGAGAGAGCGCGACAAGGACCGGGAGCGAGACCGGGAGAGGGAGGAGGAGAAGAAGAGGCACAGCUACUUUGAGAAGCCCAAGGCUGAUGAUGAGCCCACAGACAUCGACAAAGGACCCGGCUCAGCCAAGGAGCUCAUCAAGUCCAUCAACGAGAAGUUUGCUGGAGCUGCUGGCUGGGAAGGAGCAGAGGCCUUGAAGAAGCCAGAGGACAAGAAGCAGCUGGGAGACUUCUUUGGCAUGUCCAACAGCUAUGCCGAGUGCUACCCUGCCACAAUGGAUGAUAUGGCUGUGGACAGCGAUGAAGAGGUGGACUACAGCAAAAUGGAUCAGGGUAACAAGAAGGGGCCUCUGGGCCGCUGGGACUUUGACACCCAGGAGGAGUACAGCGAGUACAUGAACAACAAGGAGGCUCUGCCCAAGGCAGCGCUCCAGUAUGGGAUCAAGAUGUCUGAGGGCCACAAAACCCGCCGCUUCAAGGAGACAAAUGACAAGGCAGAGCUGGACCGGCAGUGGAAGAAGAUCAGCGCGAUCAUCGAGAAGAGGAAGAAGUUGGAGGCUGAUGGGGUUGAAGUGAAACGUCCCAAGUACUGAUGUCUCCUGUGUCUCCUCCUCCUCCCAUUCCUGGAAGCCCAUCCUGCUGGGUGCUGCUCCCAGAGUGUGCUGGUGUGCCCUCCUUGCUCCACACACCGUCCACUUUCUGCUCUGGGCUGGGGGGCUCUCCCCUCCCUCCACUCUUUGCUGCAGAGCCUGUGUAAAUGUUGUACCCUUAAUAAAGUUACAAUAAGUUUG